AUGCCAAUGUUACCCCACACCAAUGACACCGGCACGGAUUCCACCUCGGUAGACUCCCCCAGACGGAGCAAGGAGGAUGCUGCUGCGGCACAGGCAGUAAAUGCCAUGCCGGCCGAAGCCGACUUGACUGGUGUUGACUAUUCCGUCGUCGACCCAGGCCUAUGGGUGUCCAGCGGUGUCAUGAUGCAAGGCUUUGAUAUCGUCGCCGGAGGCCAACUCGCUGCCCUCCCGGAAUUCCGGAAGCAAUUUGGAUACCUCCAGCCAGAUGGCUCAUACCUUAUCCCCGCUAGGUAUCUGUCCGCGUGGAAUUCGAUUGCUCCGGCUUGCGAGAUAGCAUCCACUCUGAUCUAUAGCCCAUUGCUAGAGAAAUAUGGCCGUCGGCCGGGUAUCCUGGUUGCGUCUGCAAUUUCAGCCAGCGGGGUUCUUCUGCAGCAGUUGGCUGCAGAUUGGCGAGUUCACCUGGCAGGUCGAGGCGUCAAUGGUAUUGCGAUUGGUAUGAUGUUCACCAUCUCGCCACUGUGGAUCGGGGAAACGUGUCGGCCAGAACUGAGAGGCUUUUACCUAUGCUUCUUUAAUACUAGUAUUGUUCUGGGGCAGUUUGCUAUGGCAGCCGUGUCGAGAGGAAGCAGCUAUCUCACUGGCAAAUGGCAAUGGUGGGUACCAGUUGUAGGGAUGUACAUAUUCCCAGCCAUUCUCACCUGCGGUUGGUUAUUCUUCCCUGAAUCACCUUACUGGCUCCUCCGCCAGGGAAAGAGCACGCAAGCCCGGGAGUCUCUGCAGCGCGUAUACGGCAUUAAUGACGAGACCUUCUACACCAUUGAAGUCCGGCGUAUGCAAUCCGAAAUCCUCCAAUCCCUCUCCAUCCAGGGAAGCAACUCUGAAAAUAACCCGCGUGGUUUCCUGGGUCUCGACCUCUCCCGCGAAGUCGAAUGCUUCAAUCGCCUCAAUAGAAAGCGCACCCUAACAGCCAUCUUCACAGCCAGCGGGCAGCAGAUGAUCGGCGCGACGUUUGUCAUCGGCUACUCGACGUACUUCCUGGACCUUCUCAAAGUAAAGGACUACUUCAAUGCUUCUGUAGUCCUGUACGUGGUUAUGCUCCUAGCAAGCAUGGGCGCGUUCCCGCUGACUGAAAUCGUCGGCCGCCGCACAAUGCUCGUAAUCCCCCAGUUCGUGCUCUGCUGCAUGCUCCUUUUGAUUGGGAUCCUAGGCUGCGUACCCGACCAACGCAAAGCAAAUUGGCCGAUCAUAGUCUUCAUCUAUAUCUGGGCAAUCAUCUACCAGCUGUCCAUCGGGGCCGUGGGGUUUGUGCUCGCCUCUGAGAUUGCCACUGUGCGCCUGCGGAGUACAACCCAGGGCCUUGUUACCAUCACCAACGCGGUCUGGGGGCUCAUUAUGCAGUUUACAAUUCCGUACAUGAUCAAUCCCGACGCAGGUAACCUGGGCCCGAAGGUCGGUUUUAUAUUCUUUGGGACUGGCCUUGUCGUUGCCAUUGGAGGAUGGUUUCUGUAUCCAGAAACAAAGGGAGUCUCUUUCGAAACCAUCGACGAGCUGUACGCCAGCGAGACCGCGCCCCGACACUUUCGGGCACUGAGUGAGCAAAGGCGGGUGUUUGUUGAAUAA